ACAAGGAGACAGAAAGCAAUCGUGGAGGAUUUCGGUUUUUAAUUUUUUUCAGAGGAAGAUGCAGCGACAGCUUUUAGAUUAAUAUCUCAAGUGCUUUUUCGCGUCGUAAUUCGUGCGUGCAAAUCUGACUCCCGUAAAGUAGCUGGCACGAAUAUUCUAGUUACUUGUGCCAACGUUGCAAGAGUAAAUCGAUCAACUGCCAAUAUAAUGAGGAACUCGACUACUUUGCUCUGUGUUCUGGUCGCAGGUCUCUUGAGCUUCAGCAUUGCUCAGGAACAAAAAAUUCCAAGCAAAGAUGAGAUAAUGGAAAAGGUACCGGCGCUUAACAAUAUUCCUGGCUUGGCAAACUUCAACACCUCUAGUGUCAACACUGAGAAAGCGGAGGAGCUGAUCAAAAACAAGUGCAAUAAAAAUGGGGGCCCCGAAGCGUACGACACUGCCAAAGGGGCAGCGCAAGAACUAAAGGUGUGCUUUGAAUCCCUGAUAAACUUUCCCCAGUUGGAAACUGAGAUGGCCGAAGCGACCCCCAAAGGAGAUCUCGAUGUUGUAUUCAAGAAGUAUUGCGGGAAAAUUCCAGACUUGAAGACGUGCGUCACUCAGGCAUCAAACCUGACACAGCCCUGUCUGGAAGUAGAGGAGCGUCAGAGUAUUAACAUGUUUCACAAUGUGACUGAUGCGCUGAUGGAAUUCAUUUGCGAUAAUGAGGGCGACCGCAUUGCCAUGUUCUUAGCUGCUGGUGGCAGAGAGUGUUUCAACGACUCACGAGUAGCUAUUGAAAAGUGUGCAAACGAUACCCUCAGGACCCAGUUGCCUAUAACCAACCUCAAUCAAACGGCGCUUUCCGCCCUACAAAGUAUUCCUUUGCUGAUCCUUGAUGCUGAAAAAUGCAGGGACGUAGAAAAGUUUCAAAACUGCACCGUGAAAGUGUUGGAGGAGUGCGCGGAUCCAACGCCGGCAAAUGUGUUUGAUUCACUGGUGAAUUUUGCAAAGAGGAGUACACCGUGCAAUCCUACACCAGUAUCAAGCAGUCUAAACGGUGCAUCCAGCAGCUUGGUCAACGUUUUAUUAGUAACUCUUGCAAUGGCAAUAUUUUCGCAAUACUUCUAAGAAAAGGUUUAGGAAGAAGGUGAAGAUAAAGAAUAUUUAUUUCCUGUAAUAAGAAACAAAGUUUCUGGACUAUGUAAGGUGUAACCAGCCACUGGAAUCAAUGAGUUCUGAGUGAUUGAGAUGAAAUAUGUGCAUCAUUAUGCGUAGACCAAAAGCAUGAUGGAUUAUAAAAUUCUUCACCGUUACGGAACGACGCUCUCAAGUUGUUGUUCAGAUAUUUUUUUUGUUCAAUGACAACUCGAAUUCGUUCGGAAAUCUCGAUGCUAGCUGCUUCUGAAUAGGGUGUGACGAAAAGGUAAUGAAGAGAAAAUAUUUUUCGAUUCAGAUUCGUGUAUUAUUCACCAGUGAACACGGUAGAG